AUGGCUACACGUAAAGACCGUGAAGAGGUUCUUACUGCUGUUGAACAUACUUAUCGUCAUGAUCUCCCUGUGCACUUAUAUACAGCCCACCUUCUUCAUCGCAUAGAUCCAUCGUGGCCCAAUAGAAGAUGGACUAGUUGGCCGUUGAGCGACUCCAAAGUACCUGAUCCCCGUACCGAAGUAACGUACAGUGAUAAUGUUAUACCUCGAGAUUAUUUCUCGACUGAUAUCAAUGGACAAGUAACUGAUGUUAGUGAAGCCGCUACAGAGUCUGACGGAACAGGCUCCGAUACUGAUUCUGAUACUGAUUCUAUAUGGGACCUGGAAGACGAUGAGCCUGAAGCGCAGAUAAGAGAUUAUGGUCUGGUGACCUUUAAAGAGACUUUGACGAAUAGUCGGAACGAUUUAUUGAAUGAGGUUGCUAGUGCCAUUAAGUCUCGAGUGACUCAAAGGGCAUUGAAGAUUAGUGGUGGUGGAGAUGUUGGUGAAGUACCUGAUGAUUUUGUUAUGGAGGUUUCAAAGAGUAUAGCCAAUAAGGUUGAUGGGCUUUUGGACGCUCUUUUAAGUAUGCAACAGCGGAAAAAGGCUCCUGUCACACUACUUAACUGGCAAGAUGUUGUAUUAGCCAGUUUAAGAGUAAAAGGAGCUAAUGCUGGUGUUAAAGUUAAUACUGCAUCAGUUUAUAACUCGUGUCACGUGAUCUUUGAAGAUAAUACGUUCAAAUAUGAAUUUGAAGAUGGAAGUCAAUUGGCAGGAGACGAAGCCAUAGAGAAAUACUAUAAUGAGUUAACAGAACAAGAAAAGAAAGAAUAUGACGAUAAUAAAGUUAAAUCAUGGUAUUUCAUUAAUCAGAAACAUCACCUUAUACAAAACGCAUUACGACUAAAAGCUCAUAUGAACCAUAUAUCUCCAGAUAAAGGUCGACCACACAAGAAAAGGAAGCAGAUACACAAAGAAGCCAAGCAAAUGGUAUUUGAACAUGGAGGCUUUCGAUUGGAUCAAGAUGAAUAUGUUGUACGACUUGAACAUUGA